CAUAGCAAAAAGGGGUCUCUCUGACAAGCACUUGAGAUAAGGACAAUUAGUUAAAGCAGAGUGCCUCCACUCCUGGUCUGAAGAAGGUAGCUGUGAUCAAAGCCCCUCUGACUCUGUAGAAUGUCCCCAUCACCGUCCUGCCUCACCCCCCAACGUGUUCUUCUACUGGUCACAUUCUUCCUGAUAUUAGUGUCCAGCUCCACAUGUUCCUACCAACCUGCCCAGGGGAAAGUGUUUCCAGUACCCAGGACCUCAAGCAUGAAGGGAAGAACAUUGGUUCUGCUUGAUGUGAACACCAAGACCCCAAUAAGGACUGUAAGUGAAAACUUCCUCUCUGUUCAGUUGGACCCCUCUAUCAUCCAUGAUGGCUGGCUGGACUUUUUAAGUUCCAAAAGGCUGAUAACUUUGGCCCGUGGGCUGUCCCCUGCUUUCCUGAGAUUUGGGGGGAAAAGGACAGAUUUCUUACAAUUCCAGAACCUCAAGAACCCUGCAAAGAGCAGAGGUGGACCCGGGCCAGACUACUACUUAAAGAAUUAUGAAGACGAUAUUGUUCGUAGUGACAUUUCUCUUGACAAACAGAAAGGAUGCAAUAUAGCCCAACACCCCGAUACCAUGUUGGAACUACAAAGAGAGAAGGCUGCUCAGAUGCACCUGGUUUUACUGAAAGAACAGUUCUCCAACACCUAUAGCAACCUGACAUUAACAGCCAGGUCUCUUGACAAACUCUAUAACUUUGUCGACUGCUCUGGACUUCAUCUGAUUUUUGGACUUAAUGCUCUUCGUCGAAACGCAGAUAAUUCUUGGAACAGCUCCAGCGUGCUCAGUUUACUGAAAUACAGCGCCAGCAAAAAGUACAACAUUUCAUGGGAAUUGGGAAAUGAACCCAACAAUUACAGGUCACUGAAUAGCCGAGCCGUUAAUGGCAGCCAACUAGGGAAGGACUAUGUUCAGCUAAAGAACUUGCUGCAGUCUAUUCGUACUUAUUCUCGAGCAAAUUUAUAUGGGCCGAAUAUUGGACGACCAAAGAAGAAUGUUCUAGUCCUUCUUGAUGGUUUUAUGAAGGUGGCUGGGAGAACAGUGGAUGCCGUUACCUGGCAACAUUACUAUAUUGAUGGACGUGUGGGAAAAGUGAUGGACUUCAUGAAAACUCGGCUGCUGGAUGCGCUUUCUGACCAAAUUAGAAAGAUUCAGAAAGUGGUAAAUAUGUACAGCCCUGGAAAGAAGGUAUGGCUUGGAGGGGUGGCAGCUCCAUGGUCCAGAGGUACCAACAACCUGUCGGACACAUACGCUGCAGGAUUCCUGUGGCUGAACACUUUAGGAAUGUCUGCUAAUCAAGGAAUUGAUGUAGUUAUACGGCAUUCAUUUUUUGAUCACGGAUUCGACCAUCUGGUAGAUCAAAACUUUAACCCGCUGCCGGAUUACUGGAUUUCACUUCUUUUUAAGAAACUUGUGGGUCCCAAAGUAUUGGCAGUUCACGUAGCUGGUAUACAAAGGAAGCCGCGUCCUGGGAAAGUAAUACGGGACAAACUCAGGAUCUACGCCCAUUGUACCAGUUACCAUAACCACAAUUACGUACGAGGAUCAAUAACACUUUACAUCAUCAACCUACAUCGGUCGAGAAAAAAAAUUAAGCUAGCUGGGACACUGCGUGAUAGAAUUGUCCAUCAGUAUCUACUUCAGCCGUAUGGGACAGAGGGAAUCCAAUCAAGGUCUGUGCAGCUGAAUGGACAACAUCUUGUGAUGGUGGAUGAUGGAACCCUCCCCGAACUUAAACCGCGACCUUUGCGCCCGGGCCGUACGCUUGUUAUCCCUCCACUAACCAUUGGCUUUUAUGUGGUGAAAAAUGUAAAUGCUGUGGCUUGUCGAUAUCGGUAGUUAAACUUUGCACACUGAUCAAUACAAACACAUGUAUGAACGACAACUAUGUCUCCAGAACCAAUGACCUUUCACGCUAUGAGUGUUUUGUGUCUUAUUUCAUGUUCAUCCACCCGUAAAGGCCUAUUGCCUAAUCUAACAUAUAAAAACAUGGAUUGUACUGAAAUAUAUG